UGACAGUAAACAUUUGAAUGUUGAAGAGAAAAUGGCCAUGUUUCUUAUGACUAUUAGUCAUAAUCUUCGGAAUCGAUUGAUUAAGAAUAGAUUCCAACACUCAAGUCAAACAAUUCAUAAAUACUUCCAUGAGGUUUUAGUGGCCAUGGUGAAUUUCUCAAAAGAGAUGAUUACUCCUCCAUCAUUCAAUGAUAGUUCAAAUGGUAUCUCCAAUCGUCGGCUAAGACAAAUUUUUAAGGAUGCUGUUGGUGCAAUUGAUGGAACUCUUAUCCAUGCAUGUAUUCCCACUAAUCAACAAGUACCUUAUCGAGGUCGUGGGAGAGGAGAGUGUUUUCAAAAUGUUAUGGCAGUUUGUGAUUUUGACAUGAUAUUUAGGUUUGUUGUUGUUGGAUGGGAAGGAACAGCUCAUGAUUCAAGAGUCUUGACAGAAACUAUCCGUAACCCGCAACAUAAUUUUCCAAUGCCCCCAUCAGAAAAAUAUUAUUUAGUAGAUGCAGCAUACACACACACUCGAGGUUUUAUGGCACCAUAUCGUAAUGUGCGCUAUUGGUUGAGUGAUUUUCGUAGUGGUGGUAAAGUUGUAGGAAAAGAGGAAAUAUUCAACCAAUGUCAUGCAAGAUUAAGAAAUGUCAUUGAACGUGCUUUUGGUGUUGUUAAGGCGCGUUUUCCAAUCUUGAAGAGAAUGGCACCUUAUUCGUUUACUACUCAAACAAAAAUUGUCAUGACAUGCUUCUCCAUUCACAAUUUUCUUCGACAAAUCUCAGUUGCGGAUAGAUUAUUUUCUGAAUAUGACAAUGAAGUGGAAUUGGAAAGUGACAAUGUCAAUCAAAAUCAAAACUCAACUACAAGCAGUUUUUUUGCAGCAUCUGAUCAAGAAUUCAUGCAACAGUUCCGAAACCAAAUCGCAAAUGAACUCUUUCAAGUGUUUAGUUAA